UUUUGUUUCAGGGCCUUACAGGAAGACCAGGGCUCCCGGGAGACAAAGGUGCGAUGGGGAUCCCUGGGCGGCCGGGACUAAAAGGGCAACCCGGAGAGAAGGGUGCGCCAGGAGAAGCGGGCAUGUCUAUCAUCGGGCCCCGUGGUCCACCCGGACAGCCUGGAACAAGAGGUUUUCCUGGAUUCCCGGGCCCUAUUGGCUUGGACGGCAAACCGGGUCAUCCUGGACAGAAAGGGGAGAUGGGUGCUGCAGGUCCCAGGGGACAACCCGGACCCCCAGGACAAAAAGGAGAAAAGGGCCAGUGUGCAGAGUACCCGCACAGGCUGUUGCCUCUCCUCAAUUCAGUGCGGCUGGCUCCACCUCCGGUCAUAAAGAGACGCACUUUCCAGGGUGAACAAGGACAAGCGGGAAUCCAAGGUCCCCCGGGGCCCCCUGGCCCACCAGGGCCCACUGGACCAGCUGGACCCGAAGGAACCCCAGGACAGCCCGGGCCAAUUGGGCCGCCUGGCAGAGCGGGAGAACCGGGGAAGCCUGGCAGAGAUGGAAAGGGCUUACCUGGGCCUCCUGGACCAAAGGGAGACCCUGGAAUUCAGGGAUACCCUGGCAGAAAGGGGGAGAGAGGCAUGCCAGGGCUGCCAGGAAGACAUGGCACUAAGGGCGCUCCUGGGCUGGCCACCGCAGGACUGAAGGGCGAGCCCGGGACUCCAGGAGAAAAGGGUGAGAAGGGACGAGCUGGUGACCCUGGGCUUCCUGGACUCCCUGGCACGAAGGGAGAGAAGGGAAAUGCUGAGAAUGCCUUGGCGGGAGGUAAAGGAGAACCUGGCCCUCCAGGUCUGCCUGGGCCCCCUGGACCAAAGGGAGAAGCUGGUGACAUUGGCCGGCCUGGUGCUGCAGGGUCACGGGGGGAAAAGGGGGAACCUGGUUCACCGGGAGACCAGGGACCCAUGGGCCCAAGGGGCCCCAAAGGAGAGCCUGGGAAGGACGAUAUGAUGGACUACGAUGGUAACAUCAGCGAAGCUCUCCAGGAAAUACGAACUUUGGCCUUGAUGGGACCCCCAGGACUUCCGGGUGUGGCUGGACCUCCAGGGCCACCGGGACAGAAGGGUGAAAUUGGCUUGCCAGGUGCUCCAGGCCAUGAUGGAGAAAAGGGACCACGUGGCAAGCCUGGAGAAAUGGGCCCCCCUGGCCCUCAUGGACUGCCAGGGAAGGAUGGACCACCUGGAAUAAAGGGAGAGCCAGGCCAUAUUGGGGUCACAGGAGAAAAGGGCGAUAAAGGAGAGCCGGGACAAGCCGGCUCACCGAUAUCUGGCCCCCCUGGACCCCAAGGCCCACCAGGACCUCCAGGUCUUCAGGGCCUCCCAGGACCGAAGGGGGAAGCAGGGAUUGAUGGAAUGAAAGGAGAGAAGGGUGCCCAGGGUGAAAAAGGAGACAGAGGGCCACUGGGAUUACCCGGUACUCCAGGACCAAUUGGGGUUUCGGGACCAGCAGGACCAAAAGGAGAAAGGGGCAGUAAAGGAGAUCCUGGAGUUGUAGGACCAAUGGGGCCAGCAGGGCUUCCUGGUUUACAAGGUCUACCUGGUGACAAAGGAAUCCGGGGUCUCCGAGGUUUUAAAGGCGAGAAGGGUGAGCCGGGGUUACCUGGGCUGGACGGCCUGGAUGCCCCAUGCCCAUUGGUAUGGCGUACCUUCCCUUUCCUGCAUGCUAGUUUGCUUUUUGCAUCUUGGUGGUUAUUUUCUGAUACCUCCGAAUAGCUGCAUGCCCUAGAAACACCUGGCAAUUCCUUCCUGACCUAUCUCCAUCCUACCUUCCUCGUGCUGCUGUUGUCAGAAACAGGCCCUUCCUUUCGUGCUAUGAUUCACAGCUGCUGUCAGCAUUACUUUGUGGCACGAGGAAAAAUGUAGCGGCGAUGCGAAUUUAUUUACAACUGCUUCAAUUCUUCCUUUGCCUUCACUUUGAGAACUUUCAGUAGACUAACGUAUGAAGACCUGCCUCCACACUGGCUUGGCUUUCUAGCAAGGAGCUGCAAUGCUCAUGUCCUUCAUUAACUCCAUUUUUAAGUGCUUGUAUGUGGCUAGCACAGCCUGACACCGCUCGGUAUUACCUCAGUCACCCUAUACAUUAAGAUGACUGAAAAAAAUAGUUAUCCUGUUAACAAGCCCAUGUGAAACACAUUAACUGGACACUUAUCUCCCUCAAUUCCUGCUAGACAAUUCCUAUUUGUGAGUCUCCCCAGAAGUCAAAAUGGUACCCGUAGAAUCCAAGAAACUUGAAUUUGGAAUUGCCUGUUUCCUGAUACCCAUCUUAUUCAAGCAUUAAAGGAUGAUUAUUGUAUUAGUGCCUCAUCUAACCCAACUAUUGUAGGACAAAGGUGUUCAGGAACACUUUACCUCAACUGAUUUCUAAGUGUGCCAUUAAACAUCACCAAGCUAUUAACUUACUCUGAGAUUUUCUAGAAAUGCAGCAUUCAGGUGAGGUUUUUGCUCCCUACAGCAGUCUAGACAGUUCCAUAAUACACUGAAACUUGUACUCCCCUGCCCUUCCAGCCCCCAUUUGGCAUGACUAGGUUUGCUUGAGGAUGGUUAUUCCAAGCUUUAUUGCUCACUUAAAGGUGUUUGAUGCCAUUUACAAGGGAUGGAGUAUCAGUUAGUUCAACUAGCUGGAAAAAUGUGUCCCAAAGAAAAAAGCCAGAUUUAGUUGGGAAGGUUUUCUUAGUUUCCUGAGGAAACUAGCCCUGAAAUUGCCAUUAAAAGCCUUUGUUAUUUGACCUUUGUGAAGAGCUAACACUAGUCUUCCUUCCAGCAUUCCCUCCUUUCUGCGCUGCCAUUGUCUCUUUGGGGCAAUGACUAUAAUGGUGACCACUUGCAAAGUCUCAGUUGCUGCUCUGUAAAUUCUUGGUAACAGACAGAAACUCUUCUGCCAGUCCCACAGGUGGAAUAAUACCUGGCCAGAACAGUCCACAAAGGAGAAAAAACACUGAGCCAUGUGUUUCGCCUCCCACUGAUAAUAGCCAGGUUUUUAUGGAAUAAGUUUUGGCUUGAAUAAGGCACCUAAUUACA